CAAAUAAGAAUUUACAUCGUAAGGACCUCUAAGUGAUCUCAAUUACAUAUUACAGUAUGAGAGUUGUAUUUUGGUAAUAACGAUCUAGAAUCGGAAAGUACCCGUCAAUUAAGCCGACUACUGUGCCAAUCGGACAUCCGUACAUCAUGUUCGAAAAUCUUUGCACGUUACCUCUAAGCGCCGAACUCUUCACGCAGGCCGUACACCCAACAGAACCUCUUCUAGGGGUCGGUCUUUCAUCGGGACAUGUUCAAUGCUUUCGUCUCCCUUCUGCGGACCGACUGAGUGAGGAUGACGCUGACGUUAGCGUCUUGUCAGAUGGUAAAGGGACUAUCGACACUGUAUGGCGAACGAAAAGACACAAGGGUAGCUGUCGCACUCUAGCUUUUAGCAAUGAUGGUUCUGCCCUCUACUCAGCCGGUACAGAUUAUCUCCUCAAACAUUUCUCUCCGACGACCGGCCAAGUCGCCUCCAAAAUCGCCAUUCCGUCAACAAAGUCAAUUCCAGAUUCCCCUUCGUUGCUCCACGUCCUAUCCCCCCAGACAUUGUUGCUUGCCUGCGACUCAGGCGCUCUACACCUUCUCGACUUGCGAGAUGACGCGCUUGCAGCAUCAAAGCCACAGCAGACCCAUUUUCCUCAUGAUGACUUUGUGUCAAGCAUUACACCACUUCCACCUUCCGGUGAGAGUACGAGCGGAUAUAGUAAGCAAUGGAUCUCUACCGGUGGCACGACCCUAGCCGUCACGGAUUUGCGAAGAGGCGUGCUGGUGCGUAGCGACGACCAGGAGGAUGAGCUUCUAUGUACAGCUUUCAUCGAAGGCAUGGGUCCCAAAAAAAACCGCGACAAUGGGGUCGUGGCGGUAGGCACCGGUACGGGAGUCCUGACAUUAUGGGAUAAGGGAACCUGGGAUGAUCAGCAAGACCGUGUUGUUGUCGAUCCUAGGAAAGGAGGCGGCGAGAGUCUGGACUGCAUUGUUCAAAUUCCUGGUGACAUAGCAAGAGGGAAAAAGGUGGUCGUGGGUCUAGGAGAUGGCAGUUUGCGCAUUGUUGAUCUGAUGAAGAGAGAAGUUGAAGGCGCUUUGCGACACGACGAUAUCGAAGCAGUGGUUAGUCUUGGUUUUGAUUGUCAAGGCCGAAUGAUCAGUGGUGGGGGACAGACGGUCAAAAUCUGGGAAGAAUCGUCUCUACGGGGUGGGGAUAUUGGCGCGGAUGACAGUAGCGAGAUGGACGAGUCAGGUGAUAACGACGACGACGACGAUGAUGAUGAUAGCGACGACGACGAUAAAAAAGCAAACAAAAAUGCGGCGAAACGUCAAUCAAGCAAAGACUCGGACGAGGAUGACUCUGGUAGCGAUCAAGGAACGAGUCGAAGUAAAAAAAAGAGAAGGAAAGGAAAGACAAACAUUGAUCUUGGACCUCACGGGGCACAUGGAGUCUUGCGCUUCAGGGGUCUGGAUUAAAUGAUAAUCUCCCCCUAAGCCUAAUCACAGAUACCCAACUACAAUGUGAAAUAUUCGGAAUUUAGUCUUCCUAUUUUAAUUGUCUAAAC